UUAGUCAGCGGAAUGGUCACGUGGUCUGAAAUGUGAUAAGAUUGAGCCAUGCUGAAUGGAUAUAUUACUUAUACAAUACUCAAGGGAAUGGUCAUGUGGUCUGAAAUGGGACAACAUUGAGCCAUACAUUAGUCCGGAUAGUGUCCACUUCACAUCCAUCAUAUCACAAAAGAGCGCGUUGGUUCUCUCCCUUGAUUCGAGGGUGUUUCUAGGGUUUCUCCGGUUUUCCUCCCUCCACAAAACCUAACAACAGUGUAACAAGCUAAAUUCCAUGUGAGCCAUGCCCUGGCUUCCAUGAGCCUAGAGGUUGUUUCAGAGUAUCGAUAAAAUUUGUAGGUACAAGUUCACCGUUAAACUUGAUUACACUUAAGAUUGAACAGAUGAGCUGGUGUUUAUGGCUAGACGUAAACGUAGAAACAUUUCACUGAUGUAAAAUAACGAUCAAUCGCGCAAACACCACAAGACAAAAAACGUCAAUUUGACAGAAUAUUGAUGCUGAAACAACAACACGAAAAUUUAUUUUCCGGCGGAGAAACUCAAGCAUUUUGGAAUUAAGAAAUUCCUUCUUCGUUAUCAGUUGGGUAAUCUUGAUUUUAUUACCUCACUUCACUUGAGAAGAUAAUUGAUGACAACAACAGCAGAGAAAUUCCAUUUUCAAGGAUGAAAGUCUUCCGCAGAGACUACCAAGGUUGAUGGUUUUGAACUUGGUCGUCACCUCCCACAACCAGCGGUGCUUAAGAUCCUUGAGUCUAAAUAGCAAAGAAAACUGAUGCCGGACUAAGAUAUUUUUAGAGUCCUUCCGGCCUUAAGUAGUCUUACAAGUGCUCGGGUUUCUUUGGUAGCUUUAUAAAAAUACUUCCUCUGGUUACUGAGCUAUGUAAAGGCAACUAGCACAAACCUUCUCGUAAACCCAAGCACAAAAUUAAUAUCUCUGCAUACUGAAGAGAUACGUUGGCUCGAAUAAGAUGUUUCUUGCUAGGGCUAGCUUUAUUAUAAGUUUAAAUAUUAUCCUUGCUGUCGCAGAGUCGACAAUUGAAAAUCAAACUUGCAGUGGAGAAGACUGCAAGCUCAACAGUAGAACAGAAGUUGGCAGAACACCACCACAACCAGUAAAAGCAAAUGAUUUGAAAUGCUGCGCUUGUGGACAAGCUACCUACAGGAUGACAUUCGUUGGAAAAUGGAGUCGUCUCACACAUCCACGUCAUUUCCCUGGGCCAAUGUCAAGCUGGUCAGCCCUGAUUGGCUGUUCCCAUAGCAACGAAUAUCACAUGUGGAGAUAUGGUAAUCUCGCGUCCCUUGGAGUUCAACGACUCGGUGAGUGGGGUUCGACGAGCAAACUAGAGGAAGAAAUGAGAAAACAAGGAAAUAAAGUUUUAAAUAUAAUAAAGAUGCCUGGCCUAUGGUGGGGUGUUGGGCGUUCAGUCAUCGAGUUUCGAGCCGACCAGACUCACAGUUUACUUAGUGUUAUGUCACGUAUAGUACCGAGCCCGGACUGGUACGUGGGCGUUGACAGCCUGAACCUAUGUCAUGUGAACUGCACGUGGAAAAACGAAGAAACAGUUGAUCUAUUCCCAUUGGAUGCAGGAACAGACGAUGGAAUUAACUUUAUAUCCGUGAACGCCAGAUCCAACCCUCAGCAGCCAAUCAGGAGAAUCGAUACACGCCUUCACAAUCAUCCAAUGUCUUCGUUCUAUUUACCUGACAAUGACGCUAUACGUCCUUUUGCGCAGAUCAAGAUAGAACGGUUAGGAGUCAGCGGGUCAUGUUUAAGGAGUAAUAUGAAAGGACCUUUCCCGCCAAAACCUGCUCGAAUAGAUUGUCAGGUCUCUCGGUGGUCGUCAUGGACACCAUGUUCUGUCACGUGCGGUCUGGGGAAACAAGUCCGUGGGCGUGACGUCAUAGUUCAACCAAUGCAUGACGGGAUACCUUGUCCGAAUUUAUACGACUACAAAAUCUGUGAUCUCCAAACAUGUGAUGAUAAUAAUAAUAAUAAAUGUUUGGUAUCUGCCUGGUCAACGUGGAGCAAGUGUACUGGAACUUGUGGGAUAGGAUUCAAAGUGCGCAAGCGCACAAUAAUCCGCCAACCAGCUUUGGGUAACAAAACAUGUCCAAAACUGAUCAAGAAAAGGCGUUGUCGUUUAUCUCCUUGUCAAAAAGACAGAGGAAGAGCAUCAGCAGCCGAUUGUGUUGUAUCGGCCUGGUCUUCGUGGUCAGAAUGCAACAGACAGUGCAACCGAGGGAAGAAAAAACGAACAAGACAGAUAUUAAACAAAGCAAAAGAUGGAGGGAGAAGAUGCCCUCGACUGCAAGAAAAACGCAAAUGCCUCGUUAGAAAAUGCCCGAAAAAAUAAAUUAGUUACAAGACAUCACGAUAAAACCGCAUAACAGGUUGUUACUAAAACAGGGAAUGGGGAAUGACCGGGAAUGGGGAAUGGCAGACUGGGACGAACGAUCAGCGGUAUUACCUUAGUUGCGACAAGAACAGUCAUAAAUUAGCUGGAUAUGAAUCUAAAUACUAAAAGUAAUACUUACUGAUUAUCAGUCUCCUUCUUAUCGAACAUUUUUAGUACGAUUACAAACCAUUGCCGUGGAAUAUUUCACAAAUGUUUCAUUAUAAAACAGCUAGAUUACAAGCGUAAGCGCCAUGACACUUUUCAAGGGUAAUACCGCUGAUCGCUCGUCCCAGUAUCCCAUUCCCCAUUCCCGGUCAUUCCCCAUUCUCCAUUCCCUGUUUUAGUAUCAUCCCACAUGAAAAUUAAGCGGAUAGCUGUUGUUUUCUUUUCACACAUUCCAUCUUGAAUGGAAAAGUUGUCGAACAAGCUUGACAAAACCCUAAAAACCUAUAUAUUCUACUUAAUAUCAAAUACUAUUUAUUGUUUUGCAAAUAAUGAGUAAACGGUAAUAAAUUGGCGAAGAAGCCAAAAAAACUAACUUUAAUAAUUUUAAAUUUAAAUUCGUACGAGAAAAUUUGUAGAGAAAAACUAGAGAGCUUUUCACUGACCGCUUCACUGACCCUCCUGCGACAAGAAAAAUGACAGACAAGGGUUUUCGUACCCAUGUAAAACCAAAUCAAUAUAUCCUCUUAUAUUUCGUUUCUUAUCAACAUACUAUCUAUCUCAAAAGAAAGCAACAUGCUCAAAGUUUUCAAAACUUUUGAAUUUAUGGAAAUCACUUACAUACAGUGAGGAGAAAUUCAAGAUUUUGUUUUAGAACUCCUUAGUUGACCUGCAAAGAGCAAUCAUAAGAGAAUGUWUGGGAAGCAAACAGGAUUUUUGACCAAUUUUUUACCGGUUCGAUAUUUACUCCAAAACAGGAUUUUCUUGAACGUAUUUCAUAGUUAUUCGAUUUCCCACAAUUAAAAAUGAGAUGCCAAAAGAAGAAGUUGCAUUUUUCAAUGACCCCUUUACAAGGCUCAGUGUAGAAUCCARUAACAAAAAUGGCAGACAAGGGAAUAGGAGCCCAACCAAACCA